CCCUGAGCAUCAGCCUGACAGAAGAUCAGAUAUUUACACAAGAGGCAGAGAGAGAAACCUUUACACAUUCAGCUGAAGGAGAUGGAAGGCAGAAUAUACAAAGACAGCACAUGCAGCUAGGAGUAAGCGGAGGAGCAGGCAGCAGCUGGAAAUCGGCGAGCGACUCAGCAUCACCUCACAGCGAAGAUUUAUUCUCAAAGUAAUGCUCCCUCCAGAUUUCCUGGAUAGAAAUUUUGAUAUAAAUGUUUAUUUGCUUGGACUGAGUUUGCUAUCGGAGUGUCUCCCCAACGCUCUUCUUUAAGGCAGGAAGGGAUCAGGACUCUUCAACGUUUUAUCCAAAGAUACAGUCAGACCUGGCCCACAAAUAGCAGGCGAGGAACAAUCAACCCACGCAUGUAGGAAAUCGAAUAACACCAAGGGACCUCAUCUACCUUGUGAGACAGAUUCAUCCUUUUUCCUGCCUCUGCAACAUUGGAGGCUGUGGUUCAGAAGCAACAGCAUGUAGAGGGAAGCUCUUGACUUUGGGGUUCAACUUUGCUUCUCUCUGGAAGGAACUGCAACCCUUGGUGUAAGCUGGAUCUACAAUCUCCUGUUCGGAGGAGGUGACGCGAACCCAAUCCAUACUCCAAGGCAAAGAAAAAAACUUACAUUCACAAUAUUUUAUGCUUCCUUAUAUCUCUCCUGCUGUUGGCAGUAGAACACACGAAGACAGAUGGCAACGUCACUCCAUGUGCUCCUGACCAUUACACUGUGUGUCGACUUUGUACUGUUUAAGUUGGUGCAUCCCGAUCGGAGUCCGGUGAGAACCAUGGGGCGGAAACCUCUGCCAACCGAGAAAAGUCUGGACCAAAUAAUAAAUGUACCAGGCAGUCAGCAGCAGCUACUGGAUUUGCCUGUGGACCCACGCGAUAGCUGGCUUCUGUUUGUAGAGCACUCAGAGAAGGGUGUCAAUGAAAAGAAGAAGAAUAAAGGGAAAGCACGAAAAACACAGCAUGGUCUUCCAGGUCCGCCAGGUCCCCCGGGACCUCAGGGACCUCCAGGGGCUGUUGUCACACAUGAGGUGCUCCUGAAAGAAUUCAAAGAGAUGCUGAAAGAAGCAGUUGAAGAAAGAAAUAGAAUUGCUUUGCAGGAAAAGUGCCAAGAAUGUCCAGUGAUUCAGGACAGUCUUACCUAUCAUCCCCUGUUACCAGCAGAGAUGGGCCAAUAUCACAGACUGGAAGCAGCCUUUCACUGCAAGCUAAAGGAUAACCUUGUGAUGAACAGAAAAAGUGUGAGAGAGCUGCAGAACUUUCAUAUCCCUGAUAAGGAUGGUGUAUUCCUACGAGGAAUUGGCCUGAAUCUGACCAGCGGCCAAUACGUGGCCCCAGUGGCAGGGUUUUACCAGUUCUCCGCCAACCUCCAUAUCGAACACAGAGAGCCUCAGAGAAGAAGGCACAAUAGGCCUCAAGAUAAUAUCCGAAUACUCAUCUGCAUUGAAUCUCUAUGUCAGCACAAUAUAUCUUUGGAAACUGUCAAUGGCCUAGGUAGCAACAGUCAUAUAUUUACCAUGUUUGUCAGUGGCGCCCUCUAUCUGCAGGCCAUGCAGUACAUCUCCAUCUUUGCUGACAACAGAUCGGGUUCCACCAUCACCAUUCAAAGUGGCUCGGAUUUCACAGGGAUCUUGCUCGGCACGUAGAGUCUGCUGUUGCAUCGGGUGCUCGGCUGCUCCUCGACCCCUCUCUCUCCGCUUCCUCCAUCUCCCAGUCUCAGGACUCUCUAACUACUCCGACCCCUCCACGUCACCACAGCCAAGAAUUUACUCCAACGGUGCCGAGGGCCAAGAAUGACGAGCAGGUGUGGAGCAGCAAGUCCUCAGCUGGCAUUUUCUGUCCAGGAUCUCUGGGGGGUCCUGGAAAAUCUUUCUUUACAUGUAUUAUAAUUGACAUUAUCUUCCCUCAAUAAUCAACCUGUCAGCAACAUAGCUCCAAUUGUUUUCAACGCUCUUUUCAGGAUGUUGUUUACAUAUUAAAAUAGGCUAGCAAA